GCCGGUAUGGGCGGCCCGCGACCGUCUCCCCCGUGCUGACGCCGCCGCCGGCUCGUUCUCCGCCCAGCCAUGGCCGGCACCUCCCGAGACCCGCUCGGCGCCGACGUUUCCGACGAGGCCGUGAGGGGCACCUGCGACGACGCCUCGCAGUGCAAGCGCUAUGCUGUAAACAUUGGUUACUGGAAGGAUCCUUAUAUUGAAUUCUUUGUGAGACAGCCAAAAGAAAAGAAGGCACCUGAGAUCAGUCGUGGAUAUUACGCUCGUGUCCAGGGAGUUGGUCACUUACUUAAGGCUUUCUUACAGAAGACAGAAUGCAACUGUCAAAUUAUAAACCUUGGUGCUGGCAUGGACACCCUCUUCUGGAAAUUGAAGGAUGAGAAUCUGCUUCCUAGAAAAUAUUUUGAAGUUGAUUUUCCAUCUAUAGUCACACGGAAAAUGCACUACAUAAAAUCAAAACCCCCCUUGUCCAAACCAAUUAUGGAAAGCCAUUCGGGGGAGUCUCUCCUGAUAGAUGCUCACAGCCUAGACUCCAGCCGAUAUGCCAUAAUUGGAGCAGAUCUUCGAGACCUGCCAAAGCUAGAGGAAAACCUGAAGAAAUGCAACAUGGAUCCUCAUUUGCCGACUCUGCUGGUGGCGGAAUGUGUGCUGAUCUACAUGACCCAGGAGCAUUCAGCAUCCCUCCUCAAGUGGGUGGCAGGCAUGUUCCAGACUGCCAUGUUCAUAAAUUAUGAGCAGGUGAACAUGGCCGAUCGCUUUGGGCAGAUCAUGAUCGAGAAUUUGCAGAGCAGGCAGUGCAACCUGGUUGGUGUGGACAGCUGCCGAUCUCUGGAUACCCAGAAAGAGCGGUUCAUGCUCAGCGGCUGGGAAACAGCAAAUGCCAUAGAUAUGAUGAAGGUCUAUGCUCACUUGCCACCAGAUGAUGUCAAAAGGAUAGAGGCGCUCGAGUUUCUUGAUGAGAAGGAACUGCUCGAACAACUCAUGCAACAUUACUGCCUGUGUUGGGCUACCAGAGACUCCUCACAUCUGGGUCUGGCAGGGAUCACGCUCUGAUGCAGCAGCUCUGGAGGAACUCAGGGAGAAUCUGCCGCCCCGUCUGCUCAGCCCACUCCCCCCGCCAACAGCACCUUGAGGAGAACGGGGGCAGUGGCACAUUUCCAGGGGCGGCCUUCCCCUUCCUUGGCGCUUGGCAUCCUGCAGCCUUGCAUAAAUGACUUCCGGUCGCCAGCAGCUGAAGAGAGCCUUCGCCCCUUUUCCAGGGGCCAGUGCUUUGGAACUGGUAUGGACACAGUGGCUUUUGCUGCUCGUGUGAGUGACGCCUGAUGCACUGGACUUGCACGUCCUCGUGGUGGGGCUGGGAGUGGGACGAGCGAGGCUGGGUGUGGGGGUGAAAGAUCGGAGGGCACUUCCUGCUCAGCCGGUGCUGGAAGCUCCUCCUCCUGCCUGUCACAUUGUGUGUCUUUGAUUCUGUGGAAUGUUUGCUCCUGGUAUUCCUCCAGCCUCUGCUGCAGUGAAAAAUUUGACCCUUCUGUGUGAAGCCGCUCAGCUGUGUCAAGGCAGAGCUGGCUGCCUUCUGGACGGCGACUCUGCUGCUUGCCAGGACUGCAGGCAGUAUUGUGCUGUCAGCCCCCCGUGUGGCCGCUCCCCUCCUAGGCUCUGUUGAAACAACCUCUUAACCUGCCCACAGCAAGGGUUAAUAAGUGGUGGAUUUUUGUAAUACGCCAUGCCUUCUUUUGGUUUCCCCCAACACACCCUGGCUUGAUCCAUCAGACCUCGUCUCCAGUUCCUCAGAGGUGGAAUCGGGAACAAACAUGAGUGGUUUUUAUUCAGCGUUAACAGCUCUGUGGUGCAUUACUGGUUAAAAAGCUGUCAGGGUGAUGUACAACAAGGUCAAACAAUAAAAUGUUAACACAGGAAAAAUGUGACAUGUCAGAGACACAUAAUUUAAUGCCCACUCCCCUGCAGUUUUUAAAAUGGCUGGGCGGGUCUGGAACAAUAUAGGCUAUUCCUGAGAGUCAGGCUAGAUCUGGGCAUCAAGUGUGCCGCUUUGCAGGUCCAGUCUCUGCAGUCCACAUGGAGAAUAAAUAGCUAAGCCUUCAUUUGCUCUAGCCGUUGAGAGAGCCAGGAGCAAGGCUACAGUUUAACAUGGCGGUUCCUCCAAGAAAGCCAUCCCUUGCAGCGUCAGGGAGAGGACAUUUCAAGUAAUUCUUCUGCUUGGAAUAACCAAGUUUCUGGCAUUCUGCCAUCUGUUUAAAUAAUGUUUUGUUUAGGAUUUUUUUUAUUAGUAUGUUUCAUUAUGUUCCAGUUACAUCCCAUAAAUAACUCAAAAAUAGUUACUAUGUUCAAUAAAAUAUCAAAGCACUCGG